AUGUAUUAACCAAGAAGGUUAUCUCCUGCAUCAUCUAGUCCACUUUAUAGAAAUGUUAAUGUGUAAUGUAAUAAUUCAUAAUUCAAUUUAGAAUAAAAUUAAAUUAAAUUAUAACUAAAAUAAAUCACUCCCACUAAUAACAUACCACCUUAUGUUUAGAUCAUAUCAUAAAAUCAUCAUAAAUAAAAUACUUAUAGCUCAUAUGAAAAUAAUUCCAGAAAAAUAUCCAAAGAAAGAGAAAGUAGUUAAUCCAAUCAAUCCAAAGAUUAAAUAUUCAAUCAAUACUAAAAUGAAUCAUUAUUUUAACAUCAUACCUAAUCUUUAAUCUAGAAAAGUGAAAUUAAUUAAGUCUACUCAUAUAUUGAUAACAUAUAUAAGACCUAAAAGUCAGAAAUAUUCAAAGUAUUAGAUCAUUAAAAUAAAUAAAUAGAAUUUUUGUAAUAAAUUAUUUUAAACUAAACCUAAUAACAAUAAAAUACAGCAUCCUAAUUUUUAUAAUUGCAAACUUAAUUAGAAGAAAAUCUUUCUAAUUUUAUUAAUAAAUAAAUUAAAGAUCUCUCCAAUAGAUUAUAAAAUACAUAUAAAACUGAAUUAGAAUAGACUAAUAAACAUAUAGAAAAGCUUCGAGCUUAAAUAUUUUAAAUAAAUAUCACUAAUAGUAAACUUAUUACUGAAAAACUUUAAACUUCAAGUUUCAAUGGUACUGAAAAUUUAAUUAUUAAUCAUUCCUAAAGCCAUAAACCAUUACUAUCUGAUAAUCAAACUCACAAUUUAGAUCAAAAUAUUAAAAUAAUUAAAAAUAAUUACCUAAUUGAUAAGGAUUAUUAAACUUAAUCACAUUACCCUUUAAAUGAUAUAACAAAUAUUUAAAUGAAAUAUAUUAAGAGCUUGUAAUCAAGUUUGUAAAAUUCAAAACUAUCGAAAUGUUCUUCUUCAAAUAAUAAUAAAAACCAACAAGAAGGAUCUCCCAUUGAAUUAUUUAAUGAACAAAAUGUUUUAGAUAGUCUUGAUAAUAUUAAAGUUUUUGAUCCUUAACUCUAACAAUAAUCUGAUAUUCCAUCUGAUACUACUAACAACUAAUUAUCAAUGGAUUUAUCCUAGGCAAGAAUGUCGACUAUAUAAGAAAACGAAAAUGAAGAAGAUGAAUGUAUUUAUUAAAUUGUUGAAAAUCAUCAAAAUUAGACUAAAUUCAAAAAUCUUAAGAAAUCAAAGGAUUAAAUUAAUACUAAAUAAUCUAAAAGCAAAACAUUAUAUUAUUGA